AGCUCAUAAGAAAAAUACCCACAAAAACCAAAACUUACACAUUCCUUGCCCCUGUCAAGAAUGACCCAAGCUUCCAUUUCUUGUCCAUAUUUGCUGGAGGACUUGCCGGCCGCCAAUUCCUAUAGAUGCAUCUACUUUCAAGUUAAACAAUGUGUCAAUUUCUUUCUUACAAGGCUCACAAGUUUCUUUCUUCUAAAUCUUAAGCAAUCUAACCCAGGCUAAAUUUGUAAUUUUUCAACAGUCUCAUUAUCUUAUAUUAUGUAGAAAUCAGAAGGCAGAAAAUUACUAUUUGUAGCUUUGAUGCCUUGGCUACAUUGAAAAAAGUUAUAUAAAAACCAAACCAACCUGUGUUUGGUGCAGUGGAAUUGUGGACCAUUCUCAGAAAAUUUCAGGUGAUGGAUGCUGUGGUAGUAAUUGGUGUUUUGCUGUUUCUUUGUACGAGUGGAGUUGAUGGCAAAAUAAGUCCCAAAUUGGAAUUCUUUGAGUAUCCAGCUAUAAGUUGCAGAGCUCAUGAGGCAUCAUUGACAGAUUUUGGAGGUGUUGGUGAUGGAGAAACUUCAAACACUAAAGUUUUUCAAGCUGCAAUUGAUCAUCUGAGCCAGUUCUCAUCAGAUGGGGGAUCCCAACUCUAUGUUCCUGCAGGAAGAUGGUUAACUGGAAGUUUCAAUCUCACUAGCCAUUUCACUCUCUAUCUUGACAAGGAUGCUGUUCUAAUUGCCUCUCAGGAUGAGAGUGAAUGGCCAGUGAUUGAACCAUUGCCAUCCUAUGGUAGAGGAAGAGAUACAGAAGGUGGAAGGUAUAGCAGUCUCAUUUUCGGAACCAACCUUACUGAUGUUAUAAUAACAGGUGCCAAUGCCACAAUUGAUGGUCAGGGUGAUGUCUGGUGGAAAAAAUUCCGCAAUGGAGAAUUGAACUACACCAGGCCUUACCUGAUUGAAAUCCUGUACUCCAGUAACAUUCAGAUAUCCAACCUCACAUUGAUAAACUCUCCUUCAUGGAAUGUGCAUCCUGUUUAUAGCAGCAAUGUUGUUGCACAAGGCUUAACAAUUCUUGCACCAGUGACUUCUCCAAACACUGACGGGAUCAACCCAGAUUCAUGCACCAACACCAGAAUUGAGGAUUGUUACAUUGUCUCUGGAGAUGAUUGUGUGGCUGUUAAGAGUGGGUGGGAUGAAUAUGGUAUUGCAUUUGGGAUGCCUACAAAGCAGCUUGUAAUCAGAAGGCUCACUUGCAUUUCUCCAUUCAGUGCAGCAAUUGCAUUGGGGAGUGAGAUGUCUGGUGGAAUCCAAGAUGUCAGAGCAGAAGAUAUCACAGCCAUUGAUACAGAAUCAGGAGUUAGGAUCAAAACUUCUGUGGGAAGAGGAGGUUUUGUAAAGGAUAUAUAUGUGAGAAAGAUGACAAUGAAAACUAUGAAAUGGGUAUUCUGGAUGACAGGAAAUUAUGGCUCUCAUCCUGACAAUAACUAUGAUCCUAAUGCAAUUCCUGAGAUUAAGAAUAUCAACUAUAGGGACAUGGUUGCCGAGAAUGUAACAAUGGCAGCUAGAUUGGAGGGCAUUGCUGGUGAUCCCUUCACUGGAAUCUGCAUAUCUAAUGUCACCAUUGGGCUCACACAAAAACCAAAGAAGCUUCAAUGGAAUUGCACUGAAAUUGCAGGGCUUUCGAGCGGCGUGACACCUAAACCUUGUGAUCUGCUCACUGACCAGGGGCCAGGGGAGACUGCAUCUUGCAAUUUUCCUGAAGAUGGCUUACCAAUACAGAAUAUUGAGGUAAAGAUGUGCUCUUCCAGUAGAAAGAAUUUGUGACUCAGAACUGAGUUUCUGUACAGGGCAAUUUAUUUUCUAUUGUACUAUUAACAAUUCAGAUUGAAGUUAGUCCGCACAAUCUAUGAACCAUUACAGUGAUCUCAACUAUACCCACAAAUCUCCAUUAGAAUAAAUGGAGAUAGUUGAAUAGUUGAACACAUGGAAACUAUAACCAAGCUCAGAGAGCAGAGAAGUUUUCUGUGGAGUAUCUCUGUAGUUGCAUAUGAGAAUUGUGCAAAACAGAAAAUACUUAUCUGGAUUGAGUCCAUGUGUGGUAAAUUACAGCGGAUCCAUAUAAAAUCUCAAAUAUUUAUAUUACGGAUCCAUUCAAUUCA